CCGGCAAAUGCUCCAGGCCUGCCCGUAGUAGCUAAUUGGAAAAGAAAACAAGGAAAACACAGCAGAAGAAACAGCUCCGCUUAGCGCAAAAUUGAACCCAAAAUGGCCCAAUUGCCACCGUCCCGCCUCCGGAUCUGAAGCAAGUGACGGUGGUCCGUGGAAGAGAGGCGGCGAAGAAGCGAGAAUGAGCUGUGCGCGGCUGUGCGCACUGCUGGGAGACUUGGGGUAUGAAGGCCACGAAUCGCUCGAUCCUGACAGCUUCGAAUGGCCUUUCCAGUACGAAGACACUCGUCCGAUCCUCGAUUGGCUUUGCUCUAGUCUCCGCCCAUCCAACGUCCUUCUCCCUUCCGAAAUUUCCCAAUAUGAGCAGUUUUUACAAGAAGGGAAGCUUUUGGAGGGGGAGGACUUAGACUUUGCUUAUGAUAGCAUUUCAGCAUUCUCAACUAGGAGGGACAACCAAGAAGCCGUAUUUGGAAAUGAAGAAGGAUUGAAAGACAUAAGGGAAGCUACCCUAGCCUUGAAAGCUGAAGCGCUGGAGUUGCAGAAACAGCUUAGAUGUUUGCAGUCUCAGUAUGACAUUCUCACCGGACAGGCUUCGUCCUUAAUUCAGGGAAGAAGGGCAAGAGUUUCUGCUUCAUCUGUUGUUAAUGGACGGCUGACUGCUAUUGAUGAUAGUCUUUCUGCACGGAAUCUGGAGAUGAAUGCAGUUCUUGAAAGGAUGGCUUCAGCAGCUCAAGAAUUAGCACAUUAUCACUCAGGGGAUGAGGAUGGUAUUUACUUGGCUUAUUCUGAUUUUCAUCAAUAUUUAUUUGUGGAUGCUGCAUGCAUCAAGGAGCUAAAUCAAUGGUUUGCCAAGCAUUUGGACACGGGUCCUUACAGAUUAGUUGCUGAAGAGGGAAAAUCCAAAUGUUCUUGGGUCAGCCUAAAUGACAUCUCAAAUGGUUUACUACUAGAUUUAGAAAAGUCACACCAUCAGCGUGUUUCAGAGUUACAGCGUCUUCGCUCAAUAUUUGGUACAAGUGAGAGGCAGUGGAUAGAAGCUCAAGUAGAGAAUGCUAAGCAGCAGGCGAUUCUUACUACACUGAAGACUCAAGUUACAUCAGAUGAAGCUCACAUUCAUCUCGACCUUCAUUCCCUUCGGAGAAAGCAUGCUGAACUAGUUGGGGAACUUUCAAGCCUAUACCGCAAUGAAGAAAAGCUACUGUCAGAGACCAUUCCCGAUCUCUGCUGUGAGCUUGCUCAGCUACAAGAUACAUACAUAUUGCAAGGAGAUUAUGAUCUAAAGGUUAUGCGACAGGAAUUGUAUAUUAAUCGGCAAAAGAUGUUUAUAAGUCAUCUAGUUGAAUUACUUUCAAGGCAUCAGUUGUUGAAAAUUGCAUGUCAACUGGAAAAGAAGACUAUGAUUGGGGCAUACGCCAUGCUUAAAGUCAUUGAAUCAGAACUGCAGGGAUAUCUAUCAGCAACCCGUGGCCGUGUGGAGCGGUGUAUGACAUUAAUUCAAGCUGCAUCUGAUGUUCAAGAACAUGGGGGUGUGGAUGAUGGCGACACUUUUCUUCAUGGCAUCAGGGACCUUUUAAGCAUUUAUACAAAUUCCCAACCUGGUUUAUCAACAUAUGUAUCUGCACCGGGCAUAAUUCAGCAGAUAUCUGGCCUUUCCUCUGACCUGUUCAAAUUGCAGUAUGACCUAGAGAAGAACCUUCCAGAAGACAGAUCUAAAAGUAUAAGCAAGCUGCUCGCUCUGGUCCAGAGUUUGCAACAACUGUUAUUUGCAUCAUCAACAACUGCUCAGCCAAUAUUGACUCCUAGGACAUUAAUGAAGGAGCUUGAUGAAAUGGAGAAGGCCAAUGCAAAGCUUUCAACUGCAGUUGAAGAAGUGACUCAUGAGCACUGGAAGAAGAAUGAGAUUAUUAAACAUCAUAAAGAGGAGGUGACACUACAGAGGCGCCUUUUUGUGGAUUUCUUCUGCAAUCCAGAGCGUUUGAGAAACCAGGUCAGGGAGCUCACUGCCCGGGUUAGGGCUUUGCAAGCAUCAUAGGAGGAUCUCUGUCUUCUUACUGCCUGUGUUUCGUUGUCAAAUUUGUCGCCUAUUAAGUACUCCGUACAAGAUUCUUGUUCUUGUAAAUGGUGAAACGAUGUUUUAGGGAGAAGAAUGUGGCACGUUAAGGUUGUUUUCCUUCUUGUACAUAUACAUUGGGGUAAGAUGUUUCGGUUGUAAGAUUGUUCAGUUUUUUUUUUUCCGUUCUUGGACAUGGGAACAAUGUAUAACACCACCCCGCCUCUCCUUUUUAUAGUUCACAAACGUAAUAUUCAAUCCUCUAUGUUCUCAAUUGAUGUUGCAGUAUCACUAUUGUAAGACU